CAUGUAUGUAGUACAUUUGCAUAUCUACUACAUGGUGCCGCUCCUUGCCUGAAGCUGCUACGCGUCUCCUCCUGCUUCCCCUUACCAGUGCACGACAUUCUUGACGACUGCCUGCCUACGCCAUGCGACAACAACCGCUGUGUGCCUCGGCAUCGCGCAUCGCUGCCUCGUUCCUGCUUUCGUUCUUCGCCGCAUGCAUCAGUAGCGCCGCUGAGGUACCCAUCCUGCCGCCGCCGCCUAUCCCUCCCAGUACCCACAGCAGUGACAAGGAGUUCUCGCUGCGGCAUGUUUUCCACCAUGGCACAUACAAGUACCCAGACCUGCACAGGCGGCUGGAUGUUCCUGAGCAGGCGGCAGUAUGGAUGGCCGCCGAUGCGCAUUCAACCGACCGCGAGCCAGUGCCACGGUUGCGCGUCAAGUCCGAGGCCAUGACGAUACAGAGACUAGCAGAUAGGAGCAAAGAGACGAUUGAUGGCAUACUUGAGUGGGGCAGGAAGACUGGAAGAGCUGUGCAGCUUGCAGAGGAAGACUGGACCAUGGACGAGAUUGCGGGCCCGAAUGUGACGGAUAGAGAGACGGUCCUCAGCUUCGCGCGCAUGGCCUCCAACGCCUACAUACUUGAGCCCAACACCGGGGAAUGGGAAGACGUUGGUGGUGGGUUCAACUACACGGAAGACUUUGGCUGGGAGUCUGAUGGCCUGCGAGGUCACAUCUUCGCCGACAUGGAGAACUCAACUGUCGUCAUCGGCCUCAAAGGCACCUCGCCCGCCAUGUUUGACGGUUCUGAGACGACGACCAAUGACAAGAUCAACGAUAAUUUAUUCUUUAGCUGCUGCUGCGGCCAAGGCGGGCAGUAUCUGUGGCGCCAAGUGUGCGACUGCCAAACAUCUGCGUAUACGUGCAACUCGACAUGCCUUGUCAAUGCCCUGCGGGAGAAGAACCGCUACUACUAUGCGGCCCAGGACUUGUACCACAAUGUCACGGCGCUGUAUCCCCAUGCCGAGAUCUGGAUGGCGGGCCAUUCUCUGGGCGGUGCCGUGUCUUCGUUCCUGUCUCUGACGUUCGGGCAUCCAGCCGUGACGUUUGAGGCGGUGCCAGAGGCUAUGCCAGCCUCGCGCCUGGGCCUCCCAGUACCACCGGGCCAUCAGAUUGGGUCGCUGCAGCAGCGGAAGUACACGGGAGGGUUUCACUUUGGACACACGGCAGACCCGAUAUAUAUGGGCACGUGCAACUCGGCCACGAGUGCGUGCACAAUCGGUGGAUAUGCCCUGCAGAGCGUGUGCCAUACCGGACGCAAGUGCGUGUACGACACGGUCAGAGACUUUGGGUGGCGCGUGGGCAUUGGUACACACAAGAUUGUGGAGGUGAUCCGAGAUGUGGUUCUCAAAUACGACACGCCGCCAAAGUGCGAGGCAUAUGUCGACUGCACCGACUGCUUUAUGUGGGAGUACUUUGAGAGCAACGGCACCGAGACAACAACGACGAGCUCGAAGCCUACAGCGACAUCGACGUCAAGCCGAACCACGCGGACAAGGACAGAAACGUGCAAGACACCGGGGUGGUGGGGAUGCCUGGAUGAAUCAACGACAAAGCAGCCACAUAGCAAGACGACGGUUACAACAACAGUCACAACAACAACGUGCAAGACGCCAGGGUGGUUUGGAUGCAAAGAUGAGGUGACAAAGACGAUGACGAUGACGUAUACCACGACGGCAGCGCCCGUGCCCUCUGUGACUACGACCUCGUCUGCACCUACUUCAACAUCGUCGUGCAAGUAUCCUGGCUGGUUUGGCGAUUGUCUCGAUGGCGAUGAUCCACCUACCAAGACACACCACAAGCUCAAGUCCAAGUUCAAGCCAACGCAGACGUCAACUUGGACGCCAACACCUACGGCGACCAGCACAUCGUGUACUUCCGAGGGCUUCUUUGGACUCAUUUGUUACGACAAGACUACAAAGCACAGGACAAGCACCUCGGCAGAAGCGACAAGGGAGAGGAUGGAGAUGUAGCGGUGUGGGUGGGUGUUUGAAGGCAGGGUAGGGCAGGGCAGGGCAGGGCAAAGGAGGCGGCGGUUGAGACUAGCGGACGGAUGCUUUUGUUGUUGAGUGGCUUGUUGUGUUGUCGAGGCGGAAAGGGGAAAUUAUGAUAUCCUGGCGUUUUUGUUUUAUUUUUCAUGAGGGGAAGGAGUAUAGCGUCUUGUUUUGUUUUGCUCUUUCCUUUGUUGUCUGUGGGGGGUUGGGGGGAAGGAGCAAAGACGCAUUUGCAUUCGGCGUGAUUCGCGUCUUUUUCCCGAUGGCAAUAAAGCAUGGCAAUGAAGAAUAGCAUGGCAGGCUAUGUAUGUAGAGUAUAGUACGAGUAGAUAUGGAAUGUCAUGGUUGCAUGAUGUGUGG